AUGUAUCGACAGUUGAAGGAUGUUUCCACUUUACUGCGGCGUGAGCAUGCUGCAACAGUUCGCUACUUCUCCAACACUAAUCGGGCUCCUCUAAACAGAGAAGAUACUUUGAAUGCUCGUCUUGGUUAUUCCCCAGUCGAGAGAACUUCCAAAUGUAGCACCGCAACUGUACCGGUGUCUAUUAGAUUUUCAUCUACGAAAACACUACUAAGCAGUACAAUGGGAAGGCCAAGACUUGGACAAGAGUUUUCAAGUUCGAUGCAAUCAGUUAGAGGAUUUUCAUCGAGUUCAGGUAGUCAACGAUUCAUCUCACUUUACUCUUGUAGUUUCCACUUUGCUCUAACAUACAUCUUCACCGAAUCGAAUUUAGCUAAGGGUAAUAUUGCCAGGUGGCUGAAAAAAGAAGGUGAUAAAGUUGCUCCUGGUGAAGUACUCUGUGAAGUUGAAACUGAUAAAGCAACUGUCGAAAUGGAAUGCAUGGAAGAGGGCUAUCUCGCCAAGAUUGUAAAGGCGGAGGGGUCAAAAGAAAUUCAAGUCGGGGAGGUAAUUGCUAUUACAGUUGAAGAUGAAGAGGACAUUGGAAAAUUCAAAGAUUACACCCCAUCAUCUACUGCUGAUGCCGCUCCUCCUAAAGCAGAACCAGCUCCUCCUAAGGCAGAACCAGCUCCCCCCCCACCAAAGGAAGAGAAGGUCGAACAGCCAUCAUCGCCUCCUGAACCAAAGGCUUCCAAGCCUACCGCAUCUCCCACAGGAGAUCGUGUUUUUGCUAGUCCUCUUGCAAGAAAGUUGGCUGAAGAUAAAAAUGUGCCUCUCUCAAGCAUCAAAGGCACAGGUCCUGAAGGACGGAUAGUGAAGGCAGAUAUCGAGGAUUACUUAGCUUCAGGUGGUAAAGAAGCUACUGCGAAGCCAUCUAAGUUCACUGAUUCUAAGGUUCCAGCUUUGGACUAUGUGGACAUCCCUCAUUCUCAGAUACGAAAGGUGACAGCCUCACGUUUGGCAUUCUCAAAGCAAACGAUCCCUCACUAUUACUUAACCGUCGAUGCAUGUGUUGACAAACUUAUGGGUCUGAGGAGUCAGCUCAAUUCAUUCCAAGAGGCUUCUGGUGGGAAACGGAUAUCUGUCAAUGAUCUUGUUGUUAAGGCUGCUGCAUUAGCUCUCAGAAAAGUUCCUCAGUGCAAUAGUUCAUGGACCGAUGAUUACAUCAGGCAGUUUAAAAACGUAAACAUCAACGUCGCAGUGCAGACAGAAAAUGGGCUCUAUGUUCCUGUGGUGAAGGACGCAGACAAGAAAGGUCUGUCCACAAUUGGAGAAGAAGUUCGGUUAUUGGCUCAAAAGGCAAAAGAGAACAGCUUAAAGCCAGAAGAUUAUGAGGGAGGAACAUUUACGGUCUCUAACUUGGGAGGACCUUUUGGAAUCAAGCAGUUCUGCGCAGUCGUUAAUCCGCCUCAAGCCGCCAUUCUAGCAGUUGGAUCUGCUGAAAAGAGAGUUGUCCCUGGUAACGGUCCAGAUCAAUUCAACUUUGCUUCUUACAUGCCUGUAACACUGAGCUGCGACCAUCGCGUAGUAGACGGAGCCAUUGGAGCUGAAUGGUUGAAAGCAUUCAAAGGCUACAUCGAGAACCCUGAAUCUAUGUUGCUCUAA